GGGCGUCCUAUCCAUUCGGCUCACCAUUGCCGGAACGUCUCCGCUCGAACCUCCACAUGUACACGCAACCCUAAAGUCCCCAACGCUCCUGCAGAGCAGACGUUCAGAAUGUCGGAGAAGCCCACACACUUUAAGACACGGAUUGUAUCCGUUGUUGCUGCAACUACAAUUGCUCUAGCCUGUGGAACAAAUUACGCGUACUCAGCAUGGGCACCUCAGUUCGCCGAGAAGUUGCAGCUGUCCACGACGCAAUCCAAUGGUACUGCAGCCAAUCUCGGCAUGUAUGCGGUCGGCAUACCGAUGGGAAUUAUAACGGAUAGGAAAAGCCCUCGACUUGCAGCUAUAAUAGGCAUGUUUGCGCUUGGACUGGGAUACUAUCCAAUUCGCAGUGCAUAUGACCAAGGUGUUGGCUCCAUGAGCGUAUCUCUCAUCUCCUUCUGCUCGUUCCUCACCGGCGUCGGAAGCUGCGCAGCUUUCCAAGGUGCUUUGAAGACUGCAACACUGAACUGGCCGACACACCGCGGGACGGCGACGGCAUUUCCAUUGGCUGCAUUCGGUUUGAGCGCCUUCUUCUUCACUCUCAUAGCCGGCAUCGCAUUUCCGGGCGAUACAUCGGGAUUUCUUCUGUUACUUUCCAUAGCGACAUCCGCCAUUGUUCUCGUUUCGAUACCAUUUCUUCAUGUGGUCGACCACCACUCGCCUUCUAGCUAUGCGGCUCUUCCCACGAGCGAGCGUACGCGGCGUGACUCCAAUGUCAUGCAUAGACACAAGCCUACCGCCGGUAGCGGCACAUUUAGUAGAUCGGCGGUGCUUGAGCCCGAACCAAACAAUGACGAACAGGAUGGUGACUCCGAAACUUCUUCGCUUUUGUCGGGACCCGGGGAUAUCAUUGAUGGACCUGCGGCGGACGACAACCGAAGCCAAUCGACAACGCGCUCACAUUGGUUAGAUAUCACUGGCUUUGAUUUGCUUUCUAAGACCGAGUUCUGGCAGCUGUGGAUCCUCAUGGGGCUAUUGACCGGCGUAGGAUUGAUGACCAUCAACAACAUUGGUCACGAUGUCCAAGCGCUAUGGAACCACUAUGAUGAAUCGGUAGACAAGGACUUUGUCGCGCAUCGUCAGCUCAUGCAUGUUUCCAUUAUUUCCAUCUUCAGCUUCAUUGGACGCCUCACCUCGGGAAUAGGCUCAGACAUCAUUGUGAAAAAACUCCACAUGUCGAGGUAUUGGUGUGCGGCGAUCAGUGCAACAGUCUUUAUGCUGGGACAGAUUUGCGCCAUCAAUAUCGAGGACCCCCAUUAUCUCUGGACACUGUCCGCUCUGAACGGACUUGCGUACGGAAUCCUCUUCGGUGCGCUGCCAGCACUGGUUGUGGAUAGCUUUGGACCUCAGGGGUUCGCGGUCAAUUGGGGAGUCAUGACACUUGCGCCUGUCGUCAGCGGAAACAUAUACAAUCUGUUUUACGGAGCUGUGUAUGAUUCCCAUUCCGGCGUACAGCGUGGAGGAGAGCGGAGCUGCGACAAAGGCGCAGUUUGCUAUCGCGCCGCUUACUACGUCACAUUCGUGUCGAGCAUAUUGGGAAUUCUGGCAUGCUUCUGGGGCAUCCGACACGAGCACGUGUUGAAGCGGAAAGCUGAGGAAGAGCACGAGGGACACCGCGAUGCUUAACUGCCGAACAAUAUGAUAUCCCCAUUGUUUGUCAAACCUUCAUUAUCGGUAGAUUAAUAUUUUCCUCUUUCAUUUUCUUUCCAUUUCUGAAUUGCUACCAA